AUGGUGUACGCAGUGGAGCCCCUUUGUCAUGUCUGUAAUUCCAUAGUGGUAUCAGAAGAGGAGAUGGGUCAGGCCGUGACAAAGGCGGACUUCGUGUGGUCAUACGAUGAGGAGCCGCACGCAAGCAGACGGAAAGAGAUGCUUCGAAAAUAUCCCCAAAUCAAAAACUUAUUCGGACAGGACUCUUCUUUCAAAAUUGUCGUUGUGUUUAUGGUGCUCGCACAAAUCAUCUAUGCUUGGUUGCUAAGAGUUAUCGUAAUCAGAGCUACUGCAACAGGUAACACAUUAAAACUCAUGGGACUGGAGAUAUUCUUAAUUAGGAAAUUCAGUGAUUCCUUUUCUGAUGCUGAUUGGAUUUUGAUUCUGUUGCAAGCAUACUUUGUCUCUGGUACAUUCAACCAUGCUCUCACACUGGCAGUGCACGAAAUCAGCCAUAACCAAGCAUACGGGACUGCUCGACCGUUUGCUAAUCGUUUGUUUGGCUUCAUUGCUAAUUUACCAAUGUGUGUACCAAUGUCAGUCUCCUUCAAAAAAUAUCACAUUGAACAUCAUAGAAAUCUUGGAGAGGAUAAAAUAGAUACAGAUGUACCAACAGAAUGGGAGGCACGAACGUUUUGUACGACAUUGGGAAAAGUGAUUUGGAUGGUGCUACAACCGGUAUUUUAUGGGAUUCGCCCACUGGUUAUCUAUCCAAAGUCGUUAACGGAUCUAGAACUGGUCAAUAUCGUGUUGCAAUUGAGCUUCGAUUACAUUAUUUACUCAUAUUUCGGCGUUAAAUCAUUUGUCUACUUGUUCGUCGGCUUUGUCAUCGGCUUAGGUUUGCAUCCUCUCUCUGGACAUUUUGUUUCGGAGCAUUAUGUAUUCAAGCCCGGACAAGAAACUUACAGUUACUAUGGGCCAAUCAAUCUCGUAACGUUCAACGUCGGCUAUCACGUCGAACACCACGAUUUUCCAUUUGUUUCUGGUGCAAACUUGCCAAAGAUUCGUCACAUUGCACCAGAGUACUACGACAGCUUGAAAUCGCAUGACAGCUGGAUUCUAAUGAUGUACGAUUUUGCGACCAAUCCCGCAAUGUCACUGCGCUCCCGCAUAAAACGUAAAUAUGCUAAGCCUGAAGAAUUCCAUUUUUAUGGCGUUGGACGAUACGAAACCAGCAAUGUGUAUAAUGCCAUCGUAAAAGCGUUUCAACUGACCACAGGGUUCGCCGCUACUGUCAAAGCUAAAUGA